CAAAUUUUUUUGUUUUGCAGGCAUAUCAAGAGGAGACUGAAUAGCUCAAGCUUCUUGCUGAAUGGAAGAGAAAGAAAGGUGGAUUCAGAGCUACCAUGUUUGUUUUUGGAAACUUGGUGGCGGCUCAAGUUGCGACAGAAAUCGGUUGGAGCGAGUUUGCGAUUUCAAUGUUUUCACUAGGAAUGGUACAUUAUUUGCAGGCCAGGACUGUUCAAGAAAACUAUAAAAAGAAAGCUGCAAUAAAGAAGAUGGACAUGAAAGCAUCAAAAGAAUUUUUUGCCGAGCUUAAGGUGUUAACGCGUGUUCAUCACUUGAACUUGGUAAGGUUGAUUGGAUAUUGCAUUGAAGGUUGAUUGGAUAUUGCAUUGCCGGAAUGGACUUGUCUCUUACAAUAUUGAAAAAUGCACACACUGCUAGAGAACUAAAAUCCACUUGUGUUGGGUUUAUUUUGGAAUGAGCUCAAUUAUUUUUAAAACCGAAUAAACCGCAUUAUGAAACCGAACCGAACAAAACCGAAACCGAAAAUAACCGAAUUGCAAACCGGUCGGUUUUGGUUAUGUUUUUUCCAACCGAUGGUUAGGUCGGAUUGGGAAUUUGGGCCCGAAAACCGAUCCAACCCAACCGAUGUCCACCCCUAGAUAC